AGUGUGAUCUAUGUCCUGUAUGUCUGGCUGCUCAGGGGUUUCUCUUCGGAUCCCUUCUAGCCCAGAGGUUAGGAGUGGGAUUUGUGCUGGUCCGGAAGAUGGGAAAGCUCCCAGGGCCUACACUGUCUGUGGCACACAAUCUGGAGUAUGGAGAGGCUGAGGUUAAGAUCCAGGAGGAUGCAGUGGCUCCAGAACAGAAAGUGCUUCUCAUCGAUGAUUUACUAGCCACUGGAGGAAACCUGUGUGCUAUCUGUGAGCUCAUGAAGAAACAGAAUGCAGAGGUAAUGGGCUGCAUGGUGGUCAUUGAGCUCAAUGGGGUUGAAAAGCUGAAGCCAAAUGCCCUCUUCUCCCUGGAGAAGUAUUGAGGUCAAUUCCAAACAAUUCCAAAUAAUCCACUCAACUGUAAUGGAGACCAUUUUUACAUAGGAAUGCUUUGGAAAGUUUACCUAUGCACUAUAAAGCAAAUGGCAUUCAUUUUCUAAGUAUACAUAGUAUGGCUGUGACGGUCAUGGAAUUUUGGAAGACUGUAUUUGGCCAGCCAAAUGACCACGCUCAGUGUAAUAACAGUUUGAAUAGCAGCAACUACAAAACAAAAAAAAACAUUUUUACAGUAUUUUCUCCUCUCCUCUGCUUGACUGCAUGUGCUGCCAUAUAAAUAGAAUAUUCAAGUCAAUGAUGGCAUAAUGCGUGAACUGGCGAAAGCGUACCAUAGAAAAAGAGGCAAAUUUGAGAGGAUUUACUCUUGCCAAAAACCAGUCUACAUGAGGAGCCCUUUUUUGUAUGGAACUCUAUCAAAGAAGCCUCACGUCAUUCAACAAAGCCACUUCUUACAUUGGUUCAAAAUACUGCCCCUACAAUGUGUAGAUGAGUUAUAAAAAAAAAAUAUCCAACAGGAAGUUGCCGCGGAAGCUAUGCAGGGUUGGUCCUGGUUGGAUGACCAGAUGCUGCUGGAAGUGUUGUUGGAAUGCCAGUAGAAGGUACUCUUUCCUCUGGUCUUGAAAAAAAUCCCAAUGUCCCAGGGCAGUGAUUGGGGACAUUGCCCGGUGUAGGGUGCAGUCUUUCGCAUGGGAUGUUAAGCAGGUGUCCUGACUCACUAAAGAGCCCAUGGCACUUAUCAUGAGAGUAGGGGUAUUAACCCUGGUGUCCUGGCUAAAUUCAAUCACCUAAUUAUCCCCAGCUUCCAAUUGGCGCUAUCUUUCCCUUGUAAUUAUUCCCCAGGUCAUAGCUGUAAAUGAUGUGUUCGUAGCCAACUUACCUAAAAUAAGGGUUAAAUAAAAUGUGGCAUUAUAACUGAGAACAGUUUUGCUUGUUAUGCACAUGUAUCUGGCUUCAAUCAUUGAGGACAUGCAUUUCCAUUGUUAGUGGUCAAAGCUAUAAUAGAUCACCUUAAGUGUACCCAAUGUGCUGUUUUGUUUUUAUGGUUACAUUAGUCUUCCUCCAUAACUGUCAGUUGUGUGCUAGCCCUAAGUAUCAAUGUCUAAAGGUGCCUUUUGGUAUUUAAUUACUGUACUGGUACAAUUGUAUGAGGCAGUCAUUUUGUCAAUAUACUUGGUUCAUUGUUCACUACAUAGAACAAGAACCUGCUUAAUGGAAAUCCAUUGUGCAAGCAAAAACAAAAGGCAGUUUGUCAAGGGUAAAAAUAUUUUUACUCCAAUGCUAGUGUGUAUGUAAUGCAGCUUAAAAAAAUAAAAAAAGAUUAAACACAUGGCAAGUAUAUUAAAACUGUCCGUGAACUAGAAAGUUUAUUACAAAACUAGGACAACGGUGUUAGAAUACUACCCAAUCAACAAGAAAGUCACCCACAAAAUGAGUCAGUAUCAUUGAACACAGCAUUUAUCUAUACACAU